UCCGGGUUCGGCGCGGUCCGGGCCGGGCCUCCCCCGGCGUUUCCGGCUGCCGUCUGACGCGAGCCCGAUGGAGCCGCCGGCCGAGGGCGAGUCGCAGCCGCCGUGGGGCCGGCUCCGCCGCCUGGGCGCCGACGACAGCGAGCCGCACGUCCUGCUGCGCAAACGGGAGUGGACCUUCGGGCGACGCCGAGGUUGUGACCUUUCAUUCCCUGGCAAUAAACUGGUGUCUGGAGAUCACUGUAAAAUCAUAGUGGAUGAGAAAUCUGGUCAGGUGUCACUAGAAGAUACCAGUACCAAUGGAACGGUGAUUAAUAAGCUAAAGGUCAUUAAGAAGCAGACUUGUCCACUACAGACUGGGGAUGUCAUCUACUUGGUGUACCGGAAGAAUGAGCCAGAACACAAUGUGGCAUACCUCUACGAAUCUUUAAAUGAAAAUCAAGACAUAAUCCAAGACUCCUUUGAAGCCAACAAGGAGAACGUGUUCCACGUGACCAAAGAGCCCUCAGGUACGGGACGCGAGGACGACUCCCAGGUCCUGCCACCUUCACCCACCACUCAGGCGUGCUUGGAGGAACCACAGCCAUCAACAUCCACAUCAGACCUCUUCCCCACGGCCUCUACCUCUUCACUGGAGCAGAUCUCGACAGAGCAAAGGCCUUCCUCCAGCUCUGGUUACAGAGGUGCAGAUACCUCCCCAAAAGGCUGUGUUCCAUCUGUGGCAAGUGGUGAAACCUCUAGCUUCCCUUCCGCUCUACCCAACAAAGAGGGGCAUCCCUUUUCUCUGUUGGAACCCCAGGACCUGGCAGAUGCAGAGCCCAGUAAGAAGAGAAUGAAAGGUCAGACUCUCAGGCCUGAACUUGCCCUGCACCUGUUGGUUGCAGACCAGUGUCGAGAUUCCCAGACAACCCCGGAGGGUAUCCGAGCCGCAGCUGUGAAGCCAGACAAGAUGGAGGAGACGCUCACAUGCAUCAUCUGCCAGGACCUGCUGCAUGACUGUGUCAGCUUGCAGCCCUGCAUGCACACCUUUUGUGCCGCAUGCUACUCUGGCUGGAUGGAGCGCUCUGCCCUGUGCCCGACCUGCCGCUGUCCAGUGGAACGGAUCUGUAAGAACCACAUCCUCAACAACCUGGUGGAGGCCUACCUUCUCCAGCACCCAGACAAGAGUCGCAGCGAAGAAGACAUGCAGAGCAUGGCAGCCAGGAACAAGAUCACACAAGACAUGCUGCAGCCCAAAGUCAGAAAGUCCUUCUCUGAUGAGGAAGGGAGCUCAGAAGAUGUGCUGGAGCUGUCAGAUGUGGACAGUGAAUCCUCAGACAUAAGCCAGCCAUACGUCGUAUGCAGACAGUGUCCCGAGUAUCAGCGGCAGGUGGGGCAGCCCCUUCCCUGCACAGAACCUGAUAGUGAGCCAGGAGUGCCACAAGGCCCUGGGGAUGCACCAUCAACUUCUACUCGAGCCAGGACAGCCCAGGAGUAUGUGUGCACCUUGCAAGGAAGCCAUGCCAUUUGCACCUGCUGCUUUCAGCCUAUGCCCGACCGGAGGGCAGAGCGUGAGCUGGAUCCCCGCAUCGCUCCCCAGCAGUGUGCCGUUUGCCUGCAGCCCUUCUGCCAUCUAUACUGGGGUUGUGCCCGCACCGGUUGCUUGGGCUGCCUGGCCCCAUUCUGUGAACUCAAUCUGGGCGACAGGUGUCUGGAUGGAGUGCUGAGCAACAACAACUACGAGUCGGACAUCCUGAAGAAUUACCUGGCGACCAGGGGCUUGACGUGGAAGAACAUGCUGACGGAAAGUCUGGUGGCAUUACAGCGGGGCGUGUUUCUGCUGUCUGAUUACAGAAUCACGGAGAACACUGUGCUGUGUUACUGCUGUGGCCUGCGAAGCUUUCGAGAGCUGACUUACCAGUAUCGACAGAACAUUCCUGCUUCUGAGUUGCCGGCGGCUGUGACUUCCCGUCCUGAUUGCUAUUGGGGCCGUAACUGCCGCACUCAGGUGAAGGCACACCAUGCGAUGAAAUUCAACCAUAUCUGUGAGCAGACAAGGUUCAAGAACUAAGUGUCCAGGGAGGAACCAAAAUGGCUUUGGAGGAUUGAAGACAACAAGAGUUUCAGGAAAUACAGAAUGCAGACAUUGGAAUGGCAUUUGGUUCCCCCGUGAGACUUGGGGCGGUUCUGCAUCUGGCACGUGGUGUGACUUUUCUUUUGUGGAGUGAGACAUAUUACUCUCUGGAGACCUUGAGCAGCUGACAGACCAACUGCAUCGUCAUCAUUCUGGUGAGAUGACGAUGUACAGGAUUGAUUGCACCUUCCACCACUACGGUUAAAAUGGACAUUUCUUCAAAAGCUUCCUGGGAGAGAAAGGGAAAUUCGUCAGAAACAUUGUUUAAAGAGAAGGGAGCAGAAGUCGCAGCCUAGAGGCGGCAAAAGAUGGGGAGACCAGUAUUGGACUAUUGGAUGUUUUACUUUAAUAGAUUUGGUGCUUAUCUCCUAAUGAGAUUCAAAUAUCACAGACUAUAGCACAAUGAUUCUAUUUCUACUUACACAUGGACUAAAAUGCACAUGUUUCUGUGUGUUAACGUGAAUUCACGGGAAGCACAGACUGCCAGCCCCUCCCAGGCGGAGGGAAGUGAAUCUCUGAGGCUGUUGGCCUGCAGCACUGCCCCACACUCUCAUUCCUUCUUCGAGGGGGACAGCAGCCUCCUAUUCUUCGCUUCAGCCCUUCUCUCCCUUGAGUUUGCUGUGUCAUCUGAAUAAUACUUGAAAUUUUGUUGUUUUUUUAAAAAUGGGAUUUUUAUCUU